CACGAACAGUCCAGUCAGGUGAAGACCUGCAGCCGACAGUGUGGAGACAGGGGUUUAUAUAGCAAAAUCUGAGUCAGUUUUCUCAGUUUGGUGCAGUGGAUGCAUCAGAAUGAAGCGAGCGUGCAUUCCUUUGCAUGAUCACAGAAACGACUUUCCUCGAAGGCUUUAAAUGUCAAAGCAAAAACCUUACCGGCACACAACCAGCCCUUUGCUCUCAGACACCACAAGCAUUUCCACAGUGGUCAAAUACGUUUACUGAGUUUGCAGGCAAGCAUCGCCUGCGGAUCUGUUAGCUGAUUGUUUAUGCAUUGACUUUUACUUGCUGCCCGUGGUCGAAUUAGUGUGGAGUUUGCAGCUGUUAGCACCGGAGUCAGGAGUUAUCAGGGUAGCUAACUGAGCUAUGGCUUCUUUGGCGACGGAGAAGGCACCUGGUUGUAAAAAGAAGAGUGAAAAGAAAUUUGCAGCCAAAGAGGAGUACAGACAGCUUUCAAGUAUAAUGGGGGUCUUGAAUAACUUACGGAAACAGAGGACGCUGUGCGACGUCAGCCUGGUUGUCCAGGGGAGACACAUUCCCGCGCACAGAGUGGUUCUGGCAGCUGCCAGUCAUUUCUUUUAUCUAAUGUUCACUACCAAUAUGAUGGAGUCCACAUCCCAUGAGGUAGAACUAAAGAACGCAGAACCAGAAAUCAUUGAGCUGCUGAUUGAGUUUGUCUACACAGCUCGAAUCUCUGUGAACAGCAACAAUGUUCAGUCCCUACUGGAUGCUGCUAAUCAGUAUCAGAUUGAACCAGUGAAGAAAAUGUGUGUGGAUUUCCUCAAGGAGCAAGUGGAUGCAGCAAACUGCUUAGGUAUCAGUGUGCUGGCGGAGUGCCUGGAUUGUCCUGAGCUGAAGAGCGCAGCUGAUGACUUCAUCCACCAGCACUUCACAGAGGUGUACAAGAUGGACGAGUUCCUGCAGCUGGAUGUGAAGAGGGUCACAUACCUGCUACAUCAGGACACUCUGACUGUGAGAGCUGAAGACCAGAUAUACGAUGCGGCAGUACGGUGGCUAAAGUAUGAUGAACCAAACCGACAGCAGUACAUUGUGGACAUUUUAGCCAAAGUCCGCUUCCCGCUCGUUUCCAAGAACUUCCUGAGCAAGACGGUCCAGGCAGAGCCACUGAUCCAAGACAAUCCUGAGUGUCUGAAGAUGGUUAUCAGUGGGAUGCGCUACCACCUGCUUUCCCCUGAGGACCGCGAGGAGCUGGGGGAGAGCAGCCGGCCGCGGCGUAAGAAGCACGACUAUCGCAUCGCACUGUUCGGGGGCUCACAGCCUCAGUCCUGCCGCUACUUCAAUCCCAAAGACUACAGCUGGACGGACAUCCGCUGCCCGUUUGAGAAGAGGAGGGAUGCAGCGGCUGUGUUCUGGGACAAUGUGGUGUACAUCCUUGGGGGCUCGCAGCUCUUCCCCAUUAAGAGAAUGGACUGCUAUAACGUGGUGAAGGACAGCUGGUACUCCAAACUGGGACCCCCAAACCCCAGAGACAGCCUCGCCGCAUGCGCCUCUAAUGGAAAGAUCUACACCUCCGGAGGGUCUGAAGUGGGUAACUCUGCUCUGAGCCUGUUUGAGUGCUACGACACACGUACUGAGAGCUGGCACAACAAGCCGAGCCUGCUGAUGCCGCGCUGCAGUCACGGCAUGGUGGAGGCCAACGGCCUCAUCUACGUCUGCGGGGGCAGCCUGGGCAACAACGUGUCGGGAAGAGUCCUCAACAACUGCGAGGUUUACGACCCCAACACCGAGGAAUGGAGAGAGCUGUGUGGCAUGAAGGAAGCCAGGAAGAACCAUGGCCUGGUUUUUGUCAAUGACAGAAUUUACGCAGUUGGAGGCCAGAAUGUGAUGGGUGGGCUGGACUCUGUGGAAUACUAUGACAUCAGCAGCAACGAGUGGAGGGCAGCCGCCCCGAUGCCGUGGAAGGGCGUGACGGUGAAGUGUGCAGCCGUAGGGUCGGUCAUCUACGUGCUGGCAGGCUUUCAGGGCGUGGGCCGUCUGGGGCACAUCCUGGAGUACUACACAGAGACCGACAAAUGGCUGUCCUGCAGCAAGGUGCGGGCCUUCCCUGUCACCAGCUGCCUCAUCUGCGUGGUGGACACCUGCGGGGCCAAUGAGCAGGAUGCAGGGGGACAGGCCUCUUCAUCAUCCUCCUCAUCAUCAGUGUAGUCAUCAGACCUUUACAUACCCUCUC